UUAACGAUGCACAGUGAUGCUGAUCCACUGAAAGCGACGCGUCAGACCAGAGCAUCCUUCAAAAACCUGCACAAUACUCUUUAUCUCCUAAACUGACCACAUGUUCUCUUCUGUGGAUUGUUUUGUUUUGAAUCUAAAAUUCCGAGUGGUAAAACACUAGUAUUGUUUUUGGGUGAAGGAAUUAUUUUUGUGUCCUUUGGCACUCCAAACGCCAACAGAUUGUGUUCGGUCUCCUCGUAAAGGGUCACUUGGGAGAAUCGGUUCACUUUUGACUCACUUGGAAGAUUCGUGGACUGCGGACGUUUAAUUGAAUAGGAUAAAAGGGCGAACGACUGUUUAUGCGUUUCCAUCCUCAUAAAAACAGAUCACAACGGACUGUUGCUGCAAGGACUACCACAGAGAAAGAACAAACAGUGAUUGAAACUCGAAACAUGAGUUGCGCAAUGUUGCGACACGCACUCUCCGCUUGGCUCUUGGCAUUGCUGUGGCAAGGGCCCAGCAGCGCUCAGGCAGCCGAGUUCGGCCAUGUGCCCGACAACAUUACCGUGCUGGAAGGAGAAAGCGUCAUUUUGAGAUGCAAGAUUGAUGAGGAGGUCACACACAAGGCGUGGUUAAACCGCUCCAACAUCUUGUUUACGGGCACAGAUAAGUGGUCCCUGGACCCCCGCGUUUCUCUGGUGAACAACAACAACAGCGACUUCUCCAUUAAGAUUGAGAGAGUGAUAGUGGCUGAUGAGGGACCCUACACGUGCAGUUUCCAGGCCAGAAACCAGCCCCGUACGGCCCACGUCUACCUCAUCGUCCAUGUGCCAGCCCGGAUAGUGAACAUCUCACAGGAUAAAUCGGUAAAUGAAGGUGAUGAUGUUAACCUGUUUUGCCUGGCCGUAGGCAGACCGGAGCCGACCGUGAACUGGAAGGACUUCAAAUACGGUCUCAUGAGUGAAGGGGAAUUUCUGGAGAUCACGGAAAUCAAACGGCACCAGGCAGAGGAAUUUGAAUGUGUCACCAACAACAACGUUGGGCCGCCAGACACUCGUCGCGUCAAAGUCACCGUCAACUACCCACCAAUAAUUACAGAUGUGAAGAACAUGCCCGCCCAGCUGGGAAAAACUGCUAUUUUACGUUGUGAAGCAAUGGCCGUGCCCACUGCAACCUUCGAAUGGUAUCGGGAUGACCGACGGCCGAUAGAGAGCGAUGACUCGCUAAAGAUUAAAAACGAGAAAACACGCUCCCUGCUGCUUUUCACCAACGUCACAGAAAAACACUUUGGCAACUACACCUGUUUCGCCUCCAACCGCCUUGGGGCUUCCAACGCCAGCAUGCUACUCUUCAGGCCCGGGGCAGUGUACGGUGGAGGGGUGUCUCUGCACACCCGUUUAUCAGGGGUCGGCCUCUGGUUCUGCCUCUCCGUUUCUGUUCUGAUGAAAGUCUAAAACUUUCCCAUCUUGGAAGGAGUCUUUAAAUAUGAACCCAUCACUGUGAACAAAAUGAAAUUAUGCAUUAAUCCAGGAGCCAUCGCUACAUCACCUUGGUCAUACCUUCUCGUCCAAUUUCCUCUCCCAUUAACGCCCGGUGGCAUAUCACUGCUUCAUACCCUCUGCUGUGUUCAACGCUGGUCACCUUUAACGUCCAAACCUGAUAUAUGAUGCAGAUUAUUUGAAUGACAAGUGUAUGAGUAACGUAUGAAAAGUUUGUGAACAGCUCGUUAUGUCUUGAUGUGCGUGCUGGACAUGCUGUUUGUGUCUUGUGGGUUGUAAAUCCGUGAAUGUAACAGUGUUGAUAAUGAUGGUUAUGGUGCUCUAGAUCAGGUGACCCUGUAGAAGAGGUUUGUGGCAGUUCACCAGCGGGUCCAUUGGCCGCUGAAUUUCAGAUCUGAAUGCAGAGAUCUGAAUGAAUGGUGGUGCAUUCUGACAUACGUAGCUACUAUGAAUGAUGUCAAACCACAUCCUUUCUUGCAAGGGUUAGAGGAAUGGGCGUUCAUCUUGGCCCCUUGUUUGCUUUCAUUUUGGGGUCUCGACCCAAAGGCAAACAUCUGACUCUUGUCCAGCCCUCAUACAGUCCUCAGUCUGUCUAUUGGUUCAUUACAAAAAUUGUUGGUCCUUCACCCUCAGUGUAAAUAUAUAUGCAGUAUAGACGCCCCUCAUUCCAGUGAUAAAAAGUACAUUUCCCAUCAGCCUGUUUCAGCCUUUUUGGCUUGGAUUAUAUUGCUGCCUUCAAGUCAAGUUGGAAUGGUUGUAUUUAUGAGAUAAGCGCUCAUAUGCCACCACAGUGUCAUAAUUUCCAGUGGGACACUUGGAAAUUUAGCCCAGGACUUCGCGAUUUGGGGGUGUGUCAAAAGAAUCAUUGCGUAAAUGAAUUGGUGAACGUACAUGAAUGCCACCAUAAUGUCAUGAUUACCAAUUCGGAAACGUUGGAUUUCCUUUAAUCCCCAACUUUCUGUGUUGGGGGCAUGUCAGUUAAUGAAUCUUUGCAGAAACUAAUUGGUGAACGUACAUGAACGCCACCAUAAUGUCGCAAUUACCACUUCAGAAACAUUGGAGGUUAUUUCAGGCUCAACUUUCUGAGUUGGAAACGUGUCAAUAAAAGAAUCGUUGUGCAAACUAAUUAGUGAAUGUACAUGAACGCCACCAUAAUGUCAUGAUUACCAAUUCGGAAAUGUUGGAUUUUCUUUAAUCCCCAACUUUCUGAGUUGGGGGCAUGUCAAUUAAUGAGUCUUUGCAGAAACUAAUUGGUGAAUCCACAUGAAUGCCACCAUAAUGUCUUAAUUGCCACUUUGGAAAUGUUGGAUUUUCUUUAAGCCCCAACUUUCAGAGGUGGGGCUAUGUCCAUAAAAGAAUUGUUGAUUCCCACAUGAACGUCACCAUAAUGUCGUAAUUACCACCUCGGAAACGUUGGAUUCUCUUUAAGCCCCAAAUUUUUGAUUUGGGGGUGUGUCAAUAAAAUAAUCACUGGAAACACUUAAUAAUAAUUUUCCAUUUGUUAACAUUAGUUAACAACCUUAGUUAACACAAGCUAACAAUGAACAAUACUUUUACAGCAUUUAUUCAUCUUAGUUAAUGUUAAUUAAAACAUACUAAUACAUUUUUUUAAAUCAAAAGUUGUAUUAGUUAACAUUAGUUAAUGCACAAUGAACUAACAUGAACUAAUAAUGAACAAUUGUAAGAUUAAUAAAUUCUGUAAAAAUAUAUAAAUUGUUAAUAGUUUGUUCAUGAUACCUAAUGCUUUAACUAAUGUUAACGAAUGGAAUCUUAUUGUAAAGUGUUACCGAAUCAUUGAUUCCCACAUGACCGCCACCAUAAUGUCGCUAUUACAACUUCAGAAACGUUGGAUUCUCUUUAAGCCCCAACUUUCCGAGUAAGGGGCAUGUCAAUUAACGAAUCAUUGGGGAAACUAAUUGGUGGACACACAUGAAUGGCACCACAGUAUUGUAAAUAUCAAUUCGUUUCUCUGUAUUUUCUUUAAACCAUGAUUACCAUGUUGGGAGCAAGUCAAUUAAACAAUCAUUGCAGAGGCAUUGAAUUUGCAUUGAUCGUAAGAAGUAAUUGUAAUUAUGAAUGUUGACUGUACAGUUUAGUUUGGGACUAUUUUGGGUGCUGUAAAUAAAAAACAGCAUUUAAACUUGCCAGAAAUACUAGACAUUUUGCUGGCUUUUGAGUCAACAUAAUGCAUAAAUCGCACUCCUGAUGCAAAUCUUUUGCUCUUCGUUUUGUUGCACUAGUGCUAAAAAAGCUUUCUGUGUUUGUCGGAUAGUAGAAAAGAAGGAAAUAUGAAAUAGCUCAAAUGUGUCCAUUUUAUUCUGACCAAAAUCCCUUGAACGCACAUCAUCAAUGCGAUUUUUGAACUCUCAAGUAUGAACUUUCCAAGAGGACUUGAAGGCAGCAAAAGUUUCUGGUGUCUCCUGCCCUGAAGCAGAUCAUCAACUUGUUGCUUGUGGAUAGCAUGUACCGGUUAGAAAUGUCCCUCUUGUGACCUCACUUCCUGCACCAACCCCUGUUUUAACCCCUGCACUGUGUACAUUUUAAUCUGCAAGGUUAACUGCUAUUACUUUUUUGGUGUUAAUAAUGAUGAUAAUGAUGAUGAUGACAAUGUUAAUAAGUAUUGAAUAAAUAUGAUAGUAAUUUCAUGUGAGAAAAAAAAAAAAAAUGACAGAGCUGAUCGCAAGCCAUGUGUGUGAAAAUAUUUUGUACUAAAAUCAAUCCAUUGAAUGGCAAACGUGUUUUUCAAGUGAUGUGCUCUGUUUUACCAUGAUAAACUUUUUUAAAAUGGAAGUUGUUGGACCGAGUCGACUUGUCCAUAUAAAGGCUGGGUGAACUUAAUUUUUCUGUCAGCAUUUGACCACGAACCCAUAUGGAUGCAUUUGAUUUAUGCACACUAUGUUUGAUGUGACUGUGCAGAUGACGAAAUGUACGUCACUUAUACUUUGGCCUUAAAAAGACCAAACGAGAAAAUGUAAGAGCGCUUACACACUAGAGAAAGCUAUGGUGGAGCGUUAGAUGGAUAGAAAUGUGUAAGAUCUGUUUAAGAACCAGUUAGUUUGAAAUCAAGUGGUAAUACAGUGAAUUGGAUUUCCAAAAGCACAACUGGACUCGCCUGUCUGAAGUUCUCAUUGGUCAGUGGAUGCUCACAUCGGGGGGCAUUGCAGCAAAAGUUUCUUAACUUUUGGUCGCGUGACGUAGCCUCACUUUCACGAAACGUGGGGUUUUUCCUCUAUGUCUUUGCGACUUGCCAUCCCUGUUGAAAUCAAUGGUUUGCUGCAUUCUCUGACACAGCGUAACUCUAGUGUGUAGGCCCUAAUAUAAUUUCAAAUGUGUAUGUAUUCUGGUGUUUUGUUUUUUUUUUCAUGCUGUUGAUGACUGUAAUGUAUUCUGCCGUAAUGAUGUCACGCUCAUUUCUGGUUCGGUGACAUAACCAAACCUAAAGUAUUCUGCAAUUACAUGCCAAGAUCUUAGUCUUAUGCUGCAUUCUAUUCAAAGUCGGAUGUCGGAUAUUCCUGCUUUAUGGUCGGAACUAAAUUGACUGUGCUCAGAAGAUAAUGCCGUUAGUUCCCUUUGGCGCAAGUCCCGUCCUACGGUUCAGCGAUAGGAUUAACGCUCGAACCGUCAUAUCCUGCCAGAAUGUGAUGACGGCAGGGAAGUGGAGCUUACCCCUUACAGCAGGACGGGUCCUAAA